CUUCGAAAGGGAUGGAUAGCCGGAAGCUGAAAUCCUUUGUGCCAAAUGGCGUCGCCGAAAGGAGAAUGCUUGAAUGUAGAACCGUUCAAAAGCACUUUCUUCGAUGGCCUUACGAGCCAUAGAGAGCACAAGUCGUUUUUCCAAUGUCGAAUAGGACCGAGCGUUUGUAAACGCUUCUAUGUUUCAGGGAGGAAAUUCGAUCUACGUAUUUACACUCUGGUGACCUCGUUUCAUCCGUUGAAAGCAUGGCUGGCCAGAGAGGGUUUCGCACGAUUAUCGAGCGAAUUGUUCGACCUGGACAAUAUCGACGAUAGCAGAGUGCAUCUGACCAACAUGGCUAUACAGCUCAAGAUCCAUGGUGACGAGAAGAAGAACCAUUCAAAGAAAGGGUAUAAGUGGGCACUGAUCAAGGUCAGGGAGUAUCUGACUGCGAGACACGGGCCAAAGGAGGUGGAAAUUUUAUUCCAACGAAUCGCUGGCGUAAUAAUGGCCAGCUUGCUCUCCGUGCAGUCAGUGAUCAUGCAGGGCAGAAACUCGUUCGAGUUGUACGGCUACGAUAUACUGCUCGACGAGGAUCUGAAGCCUUGGCUGCUCGAAGUGAACGCCUCGCCGGCUCUGACCGGCACUGACAGCGAAGAUUAUCGGCUCAAGUUCGAUCUCCUCGACGACACGUUGAACAUUCUCGACUUCGAGGGACGUUUCUGCGGCAGGGAAACAAGGAUCGGUGGAUUCGAUCUAUUGUGGAACGAUGGCCCGGUAUGGACCAUUUGUCCAAAUUCAUCUGUUUGCGGCGAACCGCCUGGGGAUCUGAAAAAGCUGAACAUUUUCCUCGGGGCACGGAACGAUAGGAUUGAACAAUUGAAUCAACUGAGGGAUUAUUUGGAGGAAAAGUGGAAUAAGAAACAAGAUCGAGGAAUACGGGGAUGAAUUACGCAUACAUACAGAAGAGAAUUUUAACAUGUUGAUUGGUUUGUGAUUGAACCUGCGAUUAAGAGUUUUUUUAAUUUGUUGAUCGAGUGUGGCGUGACGAGAUUCGAAGUCAGUUUGUAUAAGAUUACACGUGAGAUUACAUUCGGCAUGUGGAGGCCAAUGACAUAAAAUUAUAUUAUUCGUUUGUAAUAUAUAAAAGUAACACAAUUCUACGUAAUGUUGAUAUAUUCGUAAGAUAUCUUUAGAGAGUCAAUCUCUAUUUUUUCAAAUACUAUUGUAUGC